UCUCUUUUUGUUGUUGUGUUUUGCACCUCAGGGCCGCCGUAGUAUCCAAUAACUUAUCAAUAGAGAUGAACAUUGUUGUAUUACUUUUAUUAUGAACUUACUUAAACCUGUAGUAACUGCAUAUAAAGCGUGAGUCUCCUCCUGCCCUGGAGCAGAGUCUGUCAUGUCAUGUUGGAGGUCCUUCCCCUUUAAAUAAUUUCAGAAAGCGUCGAUGUUGCUGUCCAGAUCUGUGAGGAGGGGGGAGGAGAGAGGAGAGGAGAGGAGAGGAGAGGAGAGAGGUGAGGAAGGGGAGGAGGAGGAGGAGAUAACUCUGUCAGGAUGACACACAUUUUCACAGACAGGAGAAACCCCACAGAGGACACGCGUGUUUCCAUCAUGUAGAGGCAGACGGACUCAGCUUCACCCUCAAACUUUGGACCGGUUCUGUUUUGACUGAUCCGGAUUUCUGCACAGACCUAAAGAUAAACCUGCAGGUAAGCUCGACACGCAGUUUGGGGCUCUUGGAGAGGUGAGAGAUCCUCUUUCUUUCCGCAUCAAUGAUUCAUGUGUGACCCGGCGUCAGGGUGUCUUUCCAGGGAUGAACUUUGAUCCUGUCGAGUCAGAUUUCACAGACAGCAGCGGGGAUGGUCUCAAACACUGGAUCUGAACAGCGGUCUGCCUCCGAGCAGCUGAUCUGAGAUCUGUAAACAAACAGCAGACAUGCGGCUGCUCUCAGCUCCAAGGACAGAUGCUGAGUCCUCCUGAGGCGGCUGCUGCUGCUGCGUAAUUCCAGACAGACCAGGAGAACCUUUCGAUGACACAUCAUUCAGCUUUAGUGGGUCAGAUCGCUGCUAAACUUGGACUAAAUUCUCUUAUCAGCUGGAGUUCAGCCGCAGCGCUUCAAGGCAGAAAACCAAACGGUGUCAGGAUGAGCUUUGAGGCUGUUUUUGCACCAGUUUAGAUCUUUUUUUUUUCAGGGUCUGUUCUCCCAGACACAACAGGGCCUUUCUGCCUCCCAGAGCUUCCCUAUCACUGCUGUCUGACAGAGAUUAUUAGACUAAUUCAGUCAGAGGAGAGCUCCUGCAAAAGAAAAUGAAGAUUAUAUCAAUAAGAAUGAACCGAAAAAACACACUGCAGGUUAGAAGAGUAAAAUUAAGGUAAUUAGUUCAUGUUUCAAGUUCAGUUACUUUGCGUUUCCAAUUAUAUGUUUGUGUUAAUGAUGUUUUUUUUUACUAUAUCACUGUAACACAUGGAGAAAUAUGCAGAGGUGCAGGUACAACAACUCAGUUUCAUUUCCAUGUACCUUUCCAAGUAAGUGCUCUCCCUGCCAACAUCAGUCUGUUUUGUCACAUUUGUCUGCUUAGUAUCUCAGACUGAAACUAUAUUGUUGAUAUUUUAAUUCUUUUUGACAAAAAGUCCAUACUCCGUCUGCUCUGGGUCAAAUUUCCCCAUUCUUUAGCGUGGUGGCAGCGUUAUUCCCCAAGCAGGAGGAGCUGCAACUGCUUUACAUGUUUUUAACUUUAAAUCUGCCCAAAUAAAUACUGUAACAGCAUCCUUUAUGGCUCAUCUUCCAAACUCAUCAACAAACUCCAGACCAUCCAAAACUCUGCUGCCCGCCUGCUCACCCACACCCGCUCCAGAGACCACAUCACCCCUGUCCUCCAGAAUCUCCACUGGCUCCCUGUUAAACACCGUAUCACCUUCAAAAUCCUUCUCCUCACCCAUAAAGCUCUUCACAAUCAGGCCCCCUCCUACAUCAGCACCCUGCUCCACCGCCACAAUCCCCCUCACAACCUCCGCUCCUCCGACGCCAACCUCCUGUCCCCACCCCUCUGAACCCUCUCUCCCCGUCCAGAUCAGAUCCUGCGCUGAUUUGACUUCCUUCAAAUCCCUUAUGAAAACCCACCUUUUUAAAGUUGCUUUUAACAUGUGACUAUUUUACUUAUUUAUUUAUUUUUAUUGCUAUAUAUAUAUAUUUUUAUAUUAUUAUUAAAUGAUGUUGAAUUCUCUUGCUAUGUUUUACAGGAACAGAAAAUGGCGGUCUCAGGAGUCCUCCUCCUUUUGUGGAUCACCACAGUCUUCACCACUGGACUCGGAUGCCCAGACAUCUGCACCUGUGUUGAUAAAUACAACCGCCAUUUUGCCGAUUGCUCUUCCAAGGAUUUGACUGAAUUGCCAGAUGGUUUGCCUCCAAAUGUCUCAACCGUGAGCCUCUCCGCCAACAAGAUCAGCUUGAUCCCUCUGGGGAGCUUCGACAAUGCCACCAGAGUGACGUCGCUGUGGAUGGCCAACAAUGAGAUCGUCACCAUCGAACAAGGAGCGCUAACACCCCUGGUUCAUCUGCGUAACUUUGAUGUCAGCCACAACAAGAUCGUAGACUUUCCUUGGGAGGAUCUGCAGAAUCUCACAAACCUUGAGCUGCUGAAGAUGAACCACAACGAGAUGUCCCACCUGCCGAGGGACGUCUUCACCAACCUCAAAGAUCUGAGGUCCCUCCGACUCAACAAUAACAGAUUCACAACCAUAGCUGAAGGGACAUUUGACGGUUUGGUGUCUUUGACGCAUUUGCAGAUUUACAAAAACCCCUUUUCUUGCACCUGCUCCCUUAACUGGCUCAAAGACUGGAUUACCACGGCUGCCAUCUCAGUCCCAGAGCAGAAUUUGAUCAUGUGUGAAUCUCCAGAGAAACUCAGAGGGGUAGUCAUCGGGAAACUGCCGGAGUCAAAGUGCACCAGCCCAAAAGUCAUGAUACGAAGCAAGCCUGACAUCCAAAACACACCUCUCCAGGAGGGGGAUUUGUUGGUCUUGACUUGUGAAUUCGCUGGAAACCCAAAGCCCCUGGUCAUGUGGAGCAUUCACAGCAGGAGCCAAAAGCAGCAGGUGGCGUUGUCGUUCACAGAGGAUGACGCGGCAGAAACAAACGAGGAGUCCUUACUGUCCAAUAAUCCCGUCAAAGUCUUCAACAACGGGUCUCUGAUCAUUUCACGGCUGAGAAGAAAAGACAGCGGCAACUACAGCUGCUCCGGCACCAACGAAUUUGGAAGAGCUGAGCGUUGGGUGUCAGUGGAGGUGUUGGCUUUACCAAAACCAACACCCAUGAAAAAACUGACCGCAACAACUACGGUCAUGAAAACGUACGCGUCUGUUCAGACAACAGGCAGAAUAUCUGUCCUUGACUCAGUGCGUCUUCCUGAUUUUAAGAGAAAAGAGCCUGGAAACGUUGCGCCUACUUUGGCGCCAACAGCAGAGAUGAAGUCCUCUGAGGAGGAACCGAGACAUCCGACACAUUUGAGCAAAUGUGGCCUGACAGCAAAUACAAGAUACGUUUCAAGCCAUGUCUUUAACGGGAGCUUCGAGGACAUCAAGCACUACACAUUUGACUUUGGUGUCAUCGCGUUGGGGGUGUCAGAGACAGAGGCGACCGUGAGACUCAAUCCUCUGCUCAUUCCCAGAGAAAAGAGCGCCAAUCGAGAAGACGCGGACGCCACAUCUGAGGGAUUUGAUGAUGACAGUGAAGAGCGUCAGAGCCUGUCAGACUUUUCAGAGAAGGUCCAAUCGAAUGGUCUCUAUCUGUGUGUGACCUCUGACCGCAAACACUCGGCCGUGCAGUGGUCCAGGAUCAGAGAAGGAGUCAAUACGUAUCUAUUCAGUGAUCUGCGACCCGGUACCAACUACUCCCUGUGUUUGACCUACCGAGGUGAAGACUGUGAGGUCCAGGUCCUCUUCACCACCAGGAGGAGGAUCCCCAACCUGCUCAUCAUCAUCUCUGUCAGCAUCUGCCUCCUCACUGUGUCCACCGUGCCGCUCCUCGGCGCCACCUGCUUCCACCUGGUGUACAAAUACCGCAGCAAGACCUACAAGCUGAUCCUAAAGGCCAAAGACCAGUACCACGUGGAGAGGAACCUCACCGUCAACUUUAACAUCCAUGCACCUCACACCGACUCCCAGAGGAAGAUUAACAUCAGCCAGCUGGACGAGGAGGAGGGGGAGACGGAGACAGACAGCGGCGACGGCGAGAAAGAGGCUGAUACAGAAGAAAGCAUCAUAACCGAGUCCUUGACUCUGUCUCAGUGUCGGGGGAAUUUAGACAACUGUGAGGUAGGAUCAGAGUACAGCGAUAGGCUGCCUUUGGGAGCUGAGGCAGUGAAUAUUAUAAGCGCCUAAAUAUAUCCACAUCCUAACUGUUAUUUUUGCAUUUAUUAAAGGAGUAAUGCGGGUUUUUUCUGUUCGUGCCAAUCAUUUAAGUUCCCAUAAGCUUUAAAGGGAAGCCUGGAAAUGCUGCUCUGUUCCUCAGUCAUUUGUCACGACUGAAAUACUGUCACUUUCACCAAAGUCUUCAAGGAAGUCGUUUUUAUGUCGAAUAUUUGAUCUUCUCUCCAAAUCUGGUGGUUGAACAUAGUCCUUUGAGGGGAAAAAUCCACACAGAGGAAGAAACAAGUUACUCAACUUCAAAUUAAAUAUCUGUCCAAGCAUUCCGCGCAGCUACUCAUCUAUCAUUCAAAUGUUCCCGGAUAUGUGCCCUUCCUCAGAGUUUAAAAAGUGCUAAAAAAUAAAGUUUGAAUAUUUGAGCAGCCAAAGUUAACAAGUAACAUGAGACAAGUCAUGCAGCAGCAGUAGCCUGCAGCUUCACUUGGUGUUGCACUAUUUCCAAUGAUCGCUCAUUUGAAAGCACUGAAAUAAAGCAGAAACAGAUCUGAAUGUGGGUCCCCGUUUGCACCAAAAUAUAUUUAAUGAUUGACAAUCACAUGACACAUAACGUAUGUAUUUAAUGAUAUAUACAAUUAUUUAUUUAUUUAUAGUUCAUACGAGUAAGAAAUGUAGUUCAUAAAUACCAAAAAGCUUUUUCACAUCUUAAAAAUCCAUUAAACCAGACCUGAAUUGACUUCCGCUGUAUUUACACCGUGGACACCUCAAGUUUGUAGUAAAACUGCAGCGUUACAGAGAGUAUCAUUACAUGAAAUCUGAGUUACUGUUAUCAUUUUGUAGCUUCCUCCUGGACUAAAUAAGGGAAAGACAAUAAAAGUAAAAAACGCCAUAUUUUAAGAACUUGUUAGCUGCUGUUAGCUCGCUGUUUGCCAUAAUUUAGCUACCAUUAGCUUAAUAUUAUUACCAUCGUUGAUCUAACAUUACCUUGAGCCAACUGGCGUGGUAUAAUUAUUUUAGUCAUAAGCGAAGUGGCUGUACUGAUAAAGGUAGCUAACAUAAUAAUUGGUCAACUGACAUAGCUGUUAGCUAGCUAACAUCAUCAAAUUGUCAGUUAGCUGGAAUAUGUUAGCAUAAACUAAGAGUGCUGCUCAUAAGAAGCUUGUGUCAGCGAGAAAACUGGGUAAAAGUCAUUGUUAGGGUUUACAAACUGCAGUUAAAAAGUGUUUACGCCCGAUAUUAACAGCUGAUUUAAGUCUAAUUUUUUGAGAAACUUCAUUUUUUUUUCUAGGAAAUGACCUACAGCAGCUUCAGACCCCACAUUUGGUCUUUUCUGAAUUGCUCUCAUUAUAGUGACUGCAGUUUGUAGUUUGUUGCUUUGUUAACAGAUAAUUGGCGACAAAAACUGAGUGUUUACUAAUAAAUUAAUAUGAAAUCACUCAUUAUGGGAUUUUAUUUAUUCAGCUGCUGAGUGAAAACUGAGUAAAAACUCUGAUCAGUGUAGCUGCUGUCUGAUGUGAGGAUGCAAACAGUGAACUGAAUCAAAGCUUGUGUCGUGUGUUUCGUGUACCGCAAAAUGAUAAGGAACAUGUCUGCAGCUUUAGAUGUAGGCGACACUGAAUGGGCUCACUGUAACUAAAAGAAACACAUAUUCAAACAGAUGAUUUGUGCUGUUGUAUUAGGAGUGACGUAGCUUUAAAAAUAAACUCUAAGGAAACCGCCGUGCUCUGCAGCUAUAAGCUCUUUGUCCAGUCAUACUGUGAACACUGUUAUAGUGUCCUGUUGAAUAAAACUGGGUGUCUUAAAUAAGCUCUGUCUCACUGCUAAAUAUAUGGAUAAGCUAGUUUAAUAUUAUUCAGGUCUACUGCAGAGUCUGACAGUCAAAGCUCUGAGUGUGUAUGUGGAGUUCUCCUGUAUCUGGGUCAUGUGUUUCAUUAUGUUGUGUUUCCCAGAGUGCUGUGAUAGAAGACCUGCAUGCUGCCUGUCGUUGUGAGCCGUGAGGAGUGUGUUGUGUAAAUAUUCCCCGACUUAAAGUGUAACUUAUGUUCUGUGUUUUUCUGUUUUAUACCCGUGUAGCAAAGAAAAUAAUGUUUCUACCAAAGUGUUGGAGUACGUGCACUAACUCUCCCUUUACUCUGUGCCUCAAUAAAAAGUUUAGUAAAGGAAGGACUCAGGCUCAGCUGUCA